CAAAUACACACAAAGUGGGGUGUAUAUACGCAGUAUCGCACAAUACGUACAUGUGCAAAUAUCUUGCACGCAAGAGUUGAUAUUUUUAGAACAAUUAAUGCUUUUGUAAAAUAAGGAAGUGAUAUAGUCAGUGACAACCGGGAUCACGCACCAGGACUACUUCGAUAGAAAUAAAUACUUGAGAUCAGGAUGAGGUUAAGAGGCGCUAUAUCCAAAUUGUCUAUUAUGGGGUUGCUGACCAGGAAUGACCGAAGUUUGUGCCUCAGAGACAAGAGACAGUGCUCAUUAAAUUUAAAAGAGCUUGAUAAAAACCAUGACAAGGAACAUUACUAUACCUUGCCAGUGUCGUUCCAAACUCGAACCCCAGGGGAGAGGAUGACGAUGGAUAUUGGUAUUUGGGACGUGCGUCCAAUCACCCUGACAGCACACACACCACUGGUUGUUACUCUUCAUGGAGUACCUGGAUCCUCUCAGAAUUUUGACACCAUAGGAAGACGACUCACAGAGCAUGGCAUCAGAGUGGUUGGGUUGGAUUUUCCUGCAUUUGGAAAAAGCAGACUCUCUGAACGGAAUAUAUAUCGUCUUGACCAUAGCACAGAGGGGAGGUACCAGAUGCUGACCACUAUACUCAACACCCUGGGUAUCUGUAGGAUUGAUGUUUUGUUGAGCCACAGUGGCGGAACCUGGUUAAACUAUAAGGCUGCAGCUGACCUUCAAUGUGUUAAAUCUUCUCUACUUCUUAACCCGCUUGGAAAGAGAACCCUUCGCCCACUUCGUCCUUUUGUGGUAUUCAAACUUUUUGCUAGACUCUUGAGGAAUCCAUUUCUGCACUCAAAGUUCAACAAAUCUCUUCCAUUUAUUUAUAAAUUUUCAGGAUUUAAGUUGGCCGAAGAAGACUUUUCGCCAUUGCCAGUAGCCGUUGAGACCAUAGUAAGAACAGAUUAUGAAAAGAUGCAGGGAUAUGCCGAAAAAAUGUCAUCCAAAAAGCAUCCGUUUGUGAUGGCCACAACUCAGAAUGAUCAAUUUGUGGAAAUACAGAUUGCCAUUGAAAUGGCCCAGCAUAUGGGGAUAGAAGAAGGGGAGAUAACCGAGUACAGCAAUGGUAGCGCAACUAGUGGUGAUGCUGUUGGUAAAUAUGACGACACAUUCUACAGACGAGUCAUCUUGUUUGAGAAGGGUGGACAUUUAGUACACAAAAUCAAUGAGACAGAGAUCGUCCAACAAAUACUGCAGCUAGUGGCAGUUGUCAGCAGCCACUGACAUGUGUAUCCCCGAGACCCAUUUACUUACUCAACGACGCUAGAGACAACACAACAAGUACAUCUCGUGAUGCAACUUCACAGUUCGGACACACAGGGUAUUAUGCCUGGAACACUAUACUCUAAAGUAGUUAAUCGUGUCGAUGUUACUUUUUUGUGAGCAUACGUUAAUCAACCAUGUCUGAUGUAUAUUACCGGUACGCAGAAAAAGUGAGACUUCAAAGCCCAUUUGUAAAAACAAUCCUGUUCUAAAAACCAUCGUGUCCUCAACGAUUGCGAAAAGCUGAUAGGUAAACUUACAAGAGAUCUAUUGCUGAUGUCAUUUAACGGGAGCAAUGUAACAGAUGAUUUUAAUCAGACUGGCAUGUCACCAUGUAUCGUGAAAAAGCAUGAAGUUUCUGACGGAAAUACUAUAGAAUACAAAAAACUCGCACGUAUUUUAACAAGAACAACCAACUCGAUUUCAACAGCAUUGACAGCAAAAAGCAAACAGAUACGACUAUCGUGGAUGCGAUGAAAAAUGCUUCAUCUUCUUGAUGUGUACAAGUGUACAAGUAUUCCUGUCAAUGGAGACCUUGUUGCCUUUCUAAGAUGAACUCUCUGAUGGCUUUCUUCCCUGGUAGAUUAAGUGAAGGAUCUCCCUGAAGGAAGGUAACUAUUGGAGACAGUGAAAUGCAGUUGACGACAAUCAAACGUUGGUGUAGGAUUUACAUCAAAUCGCAGCUUGACUACUUCCGUGAUUUAAAUGAGAGAAAAGGGGCGUAAAUCACUGAACUCACACAUCGAUACAAUUGACAUUUAUCAUAAUGGAAUGCAUCCUCUGAUAGAGCAAAACAGUGUGACUCGAGUAGUGCUACCAUGUUGUAUGGCUGUGAACUAUGGAACACUUUCACUAAAAGUUUUGUUUUAAAGUUAGACAAAUCACAGAGGUACGCCUGCAGCCGGUGUUGUUCUACCAAAAAUGUUGUCAACUGUGGCAACCACUCAGUCACUCGGUAUUUUGUCUUUAUGAAAUGCUGUGAAAAUGUGAAAGUGAGCGUUUUGAAACAAACUGUAUAACUUAAGCAUCGUAUUUAUUUAUCUGGAACGCAAUAUAUUUCUCAGUUUUAUUCAUGAGCCUUACAAGAGAAUUCGAAUAGGAUUCAUUUCUAACAUCAGUAUUUUUGAAAAGUUUGGAAUAAUUUCUGCUGUGAGUGAUACAUCCCAAAUCACGCUGGGUCGUUUUAAGAAACGUCUUUAAACUUGCUAUUACGAUCGACAAUGACGCGAGGAUAUGAACUGCAGACCAAAGAUACACAUAUAAAGCUCAGAUUCAUUCUAGCCAAGUAGUAAAUCCAGUGUUGCAGUGAAACAUAAAUAUUCUGUGCCUGCGUUGGAAAUAACUUAAGUAAUGAAACUUGCGUUUCUAUAUACAACAGAGAAGUUAAUGUGAGGAAGAGUCUAACGCAGUAACCUCAUUUCCUAACGCCAAGUCCUAAUCAGUGCAAAAGUGGAGAUGUAUUAUCAGAUCAAGUAAAGAACAAUGUAGACGAGCAUGGCUACCGUGCUGUCAAAAUUAGGUGAUACGGGGCAGUGCAGCUUCCCUCUACGUGACUGUAGAGUUAUUUCUGUUAUUGAUAAUGUCUUAGGGCACCUGAAGGUAAACUUCAAAAGAAUGUUGAAACCAAUGUUCAGUGUAUUUAUAUAUAUUAAUUCCAAUUGACAAGGAAAUAAAGAAAGUCUGUAUGUCUAGCAUGUGAGGGCUGUACUUCAUCCAUGGGCAUUAUUUUCAAAUAUUGAAUUUUUCUAAUAUAUAAAUGCUCUUCGGCAGUUUUUCAUAAAUAAACGAAUAUUAGGUCAAAGAUGACAGUAAAUCAUAUUUAAAUAUGGCAUACCCACCACUUAUUACUGUAGAUCUCCACAACACUUCAAC